AUGUCCCCGGGUUACGACCCCGUUGCUGCUUGCAUCGGCCGAGCCUCCGUAUCAGGCUGUUUCACCCGUCUCGCAGUCCUUUCGGCGCAAGUGACCACUCGCGCGGGACCAAGGAUCAAACGGGAACUGUAUACCGCCGCGGGUCUGCCCGAAGUCUAUGUGAACGAUACACCAUCGCCGCACCGAGCGGCGUACCGAUAUAGUAGGGAGGUGCGGACAAAAACAGGCGAUUUCUUGGGGAGAUAUCAGAGCUCACAGCUCAAGUCCGCUUCUGGCUGUGGGAGAGCCAAACCCGACAUUGGACUGGGCGACACUAAUCACGGCAGUCAGACAGGGCCAAGACACCCAGUAAAGCUUAAAUCAAAUGCCGUUGUGAUAGACAGUAAGGAGCUGUCGUGGCUCCUAGAGCUCGAUAUAGUGCGCCUAUCAAAGCUACCAACUGUCACCGUCAUCGUCAUCGUCACCGUCACCGUCGCAUUGAAGCGCAGCAUGUCCCAGCGCACUGACGCCGCAAACGGAUUGUUGGGACGAACAGGUAUCCAGGGAACGUGGCACGGCGUUGUUGGCGAUACCGCGAGAGAAGCUGACCCAUCAGGCUCUCUCGGAUUUCUCUCGAAGGCGUUUGAGAAGGUUCGCCAAGAAGCGUUUGGCAUCGAGUCUGCAUCGUUAGGUGAGCAGAGGUGCAUAUUUCGUGCGGGUUAUACUGGCGGAGGAUGGCGCGUCGUCGAAGGCAGAUUGGGAGGCUUGUCUGCUUCCAUCAUCGGCGUCGCAUUCCGCCAGUCCGCUCGCAGCCUCCCGCCGCAUCAAGAAGGUCGCUAA